AUGUCUUCGGCAGGUCUCGCAAAAGCAAAGUCCGAGGUGGCUGCCAAGCCAUCCAAAAACGCAGUCACUGACGCGACCGACCCCAAGCAGAUCGACGCCGAUGUCAACAGAAAGCUCAAGUUCUUUGGUGUGAUUCAAGCCUUUCGAUCUGGCAGAUACCCAGACAACAAGCAGAUCGAUGAAGCGCUCAAGUACACUGCAGAGAACUCGCCCGUCGACGUUUCGAAGUUGUCUCCCGAUGGCCAGAAGCUGAUCUCGGACGUUCGCGCGAUCAUCCACUCCAUGCGUACCAUGGUCGCUGAAAAGAAUGCCAACGAGGAGUUCCAAAACUUCUUGCACGCGACUGUCAAGUCCGACGUCAAGGGCACUGUUGGCCUGCAAGUCCCCGUCUCCAAGGAGGACGCCAAGAAGGACGGAGAGACUGCUGGCGAGGCGUUCCGCACGCUCAUCAAGCUUUUCCUUCGCAACGGUGAGGCGCGCAAGCUCUUCAGCGACCUGGGAACCAUUGGUCGAGACAUCUUUGCCGAUGCUGCGAGCUUCACUGCCAACAAGACGCGCCCUGACGAGGCCGCUCUGGCUCAAGUCGACCAGCCAGCGCCAGAGAAUGAGUUCCACGACGACAUUCCCGAGGCACUCAAGAAAUCGCAAAAGGCUGCAACGGACGGCAAGGCGGAUGCAAAGGAUGAGGCAGCCAAGGCGGCUGAUCAGACUGCCCAGGCUAUUGACCCCAACGCGACGGCCGACCAGAACAAGGACAAUGUCGCAAAGGCUGCUCAAGAGCAAAAGGAGAAGCUCCUCGCCAAGAUUCCCGACAAGCACAAGGAUAUUGCCAAGGAGCACGCCGAAAAGACGAAGAACUACUUCAAGGAAAACUUCCCCGAGCGUAGGCGCAACCUGUUCAUCUACCGCCUGAAGAAGGUUCUCGUCGAGUGCCAGCGUCACCGCGACUACCAAGAUGCCAUGGACUUUUUCCUGAACGCUUUCGAGUCUUACAAGGGCCACGCCGCGGACAUUGCUGCACAAACCGAAGACAAUGCCAAGAAUCUCCGCGCAGAAUCCAACCUGGCCACUGCUGAGCGCUCCUUCCGUACCCUGAUUGAGCGCUUCGCCAACGGCCAUUCCACUCAGCCCAUUGCCAACGCCCUCGACACUCUCUACACGGAUGUCAAGAAUGAUGGCGAGCUGAAGGCUUGGUUUGGCCGUCUCGACACCUACGUUCGCAAGUGCCUCCAAGAGCCCGGCUACGUCAUGAAGGAUGAGGCCGACAACGAAGCUCGCAGCAUUCGCGAGCAGGGUCAGCGCUUCUUUGGUGUGGGCGAGCACGAGGGCAAGUACAAGGGCCACUUUGAUGACCUGUUCAAGCAGAUCGAAAUCUUCUUCAAGGCUGUGGGAGACGACCCCGUCAACAAGGCCUUUGGCGAAAAGUGGCACACUCUUGGCAGAGACAUCUUCUUUGGUGCUGGCGGCAAGCUCGAGUUCAAGCCCCACCUCUGGCAAGACAUUAGGGACCCAAUCCUGCCUCAGCUGCUCACCCACGUCGGACGUGUGCCCGUUCCUCGCAUCGAGUUCUCCGACCCCACAGUCGACCUGGUCAUUGAGAACAUUGCCAUUGACGCGCAGAACCUCAUUCCCAACGCCAUCACCAUCGAUGCUUCCAGCCACAUGACCUUGUCCGCUUACAGCAAGCUGGGCGAUGAGCACCAUCACCAGAUCAAGGUGCAGCUGACCCAAAUCCAGAGCGACAUGAAGGGCGUCAAGUUCUCUUUGCGCAAGAAGAAGGGCUUCCCCAGUCUCAACGAGAGCGGUACGGCCGACAUUUUGCUCGGUGGAAAGGGUUUGACCGUCAGCGCCCACAUCGAGACCACUGGCCUCAAGACUGGCAACAUCUUUACUGUCAAGUCUGUCAACGCCAAGGUCGACACGCUCAAGUUUGCCAUUAAGGGCACCAAGCACGAUCUCGCCAUCAAGAUCUUCAAGCCUUUGGCCACCAGCUUGAUCAAGAAGCAGCUCACCAAGGCGGCCGAGCAGGGCAUCCGCGACGGUCUUGUCAAGCUUGACCAGCAGCUGCAAGACAUUCGCGACGCCCAAGAUUCUGGCAGCGAGCUGAAGAGCAAGUUUGCCAAGAGCGACAAGGGCUCUUCCGCUACCAACCCGAACAAGGGCACCUUUAAGCUGGUCACCUCGCGCAAGCGCGACAGCAUCCUGCCAGACCUCGGAGACAAGCACGGCUGGGUCAACCGCAUCGACGAGCGCGACGAGACUGCUGGCAAGCAGGUCGAUGGCACUCCUGACUGGCACUCGCCCGCUUUCUCCAUCGUCAAUGGCAAGGUCUGA